UCAUUUCCUCUCCCCCCUCCCCCUCCCUCCCCAAAAAUAACGGCCAACCGCCUCAACAUCCGGGUACCGGCGGGGAGCUCUUCCUGUCUCCUGGAGCCUCUGUAGGGGAGGCAGAAGAAGGAAGGAGGGUUGGUUGGGGGCAAAGGAAAAGGGGUGCCCCCUCUAGACUGGGAGAAAGGCGGGGGGUGUGUGUGUACAUACACACCUCUAUCUCUACAAUAUUGCAUAUAUUGCGUGUGGCAUCCAGACUACUAUUAUUAUUAUUAUUAUUUAAAAAAACAGCCUUUUGUUGCCAGUCCCCCCACCCCCCAAAAUAUUCCUCCACUAUGGAGUCCAAGACCCCCCUCUGACAGCUGGGGGCCCAGCCCCCCAACCUCCUUCCCCUCUCCAAAAGUAAGAAAUUGGAUCCUGCAGCGAUGACCUCUGCUGGGCUGCUAACUCUCAGCUAGUGCCGUGACCUUGAAGCUUGUGGCCUCCUGUGGAAGCGACCAAGAAUUUUGGGUUAUAUCUUGCUGGAAGAUUCGAGUUGGCACCGGUUUGCUUACAGGAACGUUGUGCUGGAGCUGAGGGAAACAUGGAGUUUGCUGAGCUCAUCAAGACGCCACGGGCCGACAACGUGGUCCUUCACCGCCCUUUCUACCCGGCAGUGGAGGGGACGCUGUGCUUGACAGGCCAUCACCUCAUCUUCUCCUCACGGCGGCAAGACAAUGUUGAGGAACUGUGGCUUCUGCAUUCCAACAUUGAUUCCAUUGAAAAACGUUUUGUUGGCACCAUCGGCACCAUCAUCAUCAAAUGCAAAGACCUGCGGAUUAUCCAGCUUGACAUCCCCGGCAUGGAGGAGUCUUUGAACAUAGCUGGCUCCAUCGAGGCACUGUCCACCUUGGAUUCCAUCACCCUGAUGUAUCCUUUCUUUUACCGGCCCAUGUUUGAAGUCAUCGAGGAUGGCUGGCACUCCUUCUUGCCGGAACGGGAAUUUGAGCUUCUCAGUUCAGUUACAAACGAAUGGCGGUUGAGCUACAUCAACAAAGAUUUCUCCGUCUGCCCCUCUUACCCGCCCAUCGUCACUGUCCCCAAAUCGAUUGACGACGAAUCCCUCUGGAAAGUUUCCACCUUCCGCCACGGUGGGCGCUUCCCGGUCCUCAGCUAUUACCAUAAGAAAAAUGGGAUGGUGAUGAUGCGCAGCAGCCAGCCACUCACGGGUACCAACGGGAGGCGUUGCAAGGAGGACGAGAAGCUGAUUAACGCCACGCUGAGAGCCGGCAAGCGGGGCUACAUCAUUGACACACGCUCUCUGAGCGUCGCUCAGCAAGCCCGGGCCAAAGGGGGAGGCUUUGAGCAGGAAGCCCACUAUCCCCAGUGGCGAAGGAUCCACAAGUCCAUUGAGAGGUACAACAUUCUGCAAGAGAGCCUCAUCAAGCUUGUGGAGGCCUGCAAUGACCAGUCGCAUAACAUGGACCGCUGGCUGAGCAAACUGGAGGCUUCCAACUGGCUGACUCACAUCAAGGAGAUCCUGACCACUGCCUGCUUGGCUGCUCAGUGCAUCGACAGGGAGGGAGCAUCUGUCCUGGUCCAUGGGACUGAAGGCACAGAUUCGACACUACAGGUGACCUCGCUGGCUCAGAUCAUCCUAGAUCCUAGAUGCAGGACCAUCCGCGGUUUUGAAGCUCUGGUUGAGAGGGAGUGGCUGCAGGCCGGCCACCCAUUCCAGCAGCGCUGUGCCCAGUCCGCCUACUCCAACAGCAAGCAGAAGUGGGAGGCCCCUGUCUUCCUUCUCUUCCUGGACUGCGUCUGGCAGAUCCUCCGCCAGUUCCCUUGCUCCUUCGAGUUCAACUACCACUUCCUGAUCAUGCUCUUCGAGCAUUCGUAUGCCUCCCAGUUCGGCACUUUCCUGGGCAACAAUGAAAGCGAAAGGUGUAAGCUCAAGCUGCCCCAGAAGACGAUGUCCCUGUGGUCCUGGGUGAAUCGGCCGGAAGAGCUCAACAGAUUCAAGAACCCCCUCUUUGAGGCCAACAGCCUGGUCAUCUGGCCUUCUGUGGCACCGCAGAGCCUACAGCUCUGGGAAGGUGUCUUCCUCCGCUGGAACCGGUCGUCCAAAUUCCUGGAUGAAUCCUAUGAAGAAAUGAUCAACAUCAUCAAGUACAAUAAGGAGCUGCAGGUGAAAGUCAACCUGCUGAGGCGGCAGCUGGCUGAGCUGGAGACGGACGACACCACGCAGGAAGACGGGGUGCCGGAGAGCCCCUGAGGCUGCGCCAGGCUCCCUGCCGCGGGCCAGAUUGUCCCCCUUUCUCUGUCGGGCAAGUCGCCCCCACACACUAUAAAGCACUAAACCCUCCAAGACUUGCAUGCGCUCGAGCUCCUUUCUGGUGAAGUCGAGUCGAACAUUCCUCCCCCUACACGCACGUUGUCUUUAUUAUUAUUAUUUUUGCAUCUCAGUUCCUCACUUGACACUAUUUUCUCCCCCUCUCUCACCUCCCCCUCCUGUUUUGGAAUGGCGGCAUUUCUCUUUUGUUUACAGGAGAAGACUCUUGAUUUAAUUCAGCUGACUGUCCUCUCCCGGCAGCUCUUGCCGCCUCUAAUAAAUGGUGUGUACAGUU